UUUUGCUAUUUGUAUUUGAUUACAGUUGGAUGAUUGAAACUCUUCCUGAUUGUCAAAGAGUCAAAGGUAGUGAAGGAAGUGGAUUAUGGUCUAAGAGAGCAACUUCACCACCUACUUCUCCAGAAGGCAGCAGUGGUUUCAUGUCUCAUCGAAGCUAUUGCUCUGAAAAGGCCCCACUUUUUUCUCAGCAGGGAAAAGCUAUUGUGCCAAACUUUUCAAACAUUCUAAGAGAAGAAGAAAUACAGACUAUUAAUUUAAGAAAAGAGCAAUUGAAAACACUUGGACUUAUACAGAUUGAAGAUAAGGCCAUUGAAGAGCUUCUGGUAUUUUAUGGGGCUGCUGAAUGCUUUGAUGAAAAAAUAAAUGUGAAAAGAGUAAGGCAAAUGGCCGCAAACCCAAUUUGGAAUAAGUGAACUUAUUAUGUUAAGAACUGUACUGUUAGGUUUGUAUGUACUUUCAGAGGGUAUUUUAGAAAGCAAAUAAAAUUUACUGUUUGUAAUAUUCAUUAUAUAUUGAUAUUGAUAUUCAUAUAUUAUCAUUCGAUUUGUGGUUAGUUAUUUCUUGUUUGUAAGAUUUUGUGCUAUUUAGAAAACACAAAUUUAUAUGUAUUUAUUUAUAACAGGUUGUGUGAAAAGCCUAUUUCCUCCAGAAUAAAGGUAAAUAAAACUAGCAAAUUUC